CCGUGUUGGUAUCUGACUAUACCGUCUAAAUUAAUAUUUAUUCAAGUGAUGUGUAACGUUUUUGAUCACUAGUAUUACCUUUAUAUUCGAAUAAUAUGUUUGAAACAUAAUAUCGUUUGAGUACGACGAUUUUAUGAAAUUUCAUGGACUUUCGUUUCGAAAAUAAUUUCUGCAGAUAUUAUGUAAUCGGUCAACCAGCAAGUAAUAAAUUAAAAUAUAUUUUGUUACCUACUCAAAAGUUAUUCAAUUUUCAAUUGAUUUUGAUCAACUUUUGAUUAAUAUUGUUUUUAGUAUUAAUGUUAUUAUUUUCUACUAUUCAAAAGGCUUUUCGAUUGAUUUGAGAAUCGAUCUAUUUUAAAAAUGUUUUAAUACAAUUGCAAUUAUUUCAUUUUAGUAUGUUUAAUAGUUCACAAUAUUAUUCGUCAUUGUACUUCGUAUUACUGUUAUAAAAUAUUAUUUUGAUUAGUAAAACAUAUUUUGUUUUGUUUUUUUUUUUUUUUACGAGUAAACAUAAUAAGAUAAUAAUAACAAACAUUUCAUCCAAUUAAUAUACAUUAGGAAAAUAAAUCAGAUAAUAAUAUUAAACCAGAAGUCUGGGACGAGUUUAAUUGCACUUUGUUCUUCGUAAACUAUAACGUGUCCUACGUCAUUAAAAUAAUUUUAAUUUGUAUAAUUUCUAUUAUUUUUUUCUAUACGCAAUAUUAAAUAUUUGUAUGAUAGCUGUAGUAUAAGUAGGUAAUUAAUAUUUAUAUAUAUAAUCGUAUUUUAACGUAGUAUCCUAUUAAUCCAGUCAACUUCAAAUAAUUAUUUAUAUUAAUUAUUCGAUCAAUUAGGACGCUUACAAUAUAUUUUUGAAUUUAAAUUUAUCAACGAUAUUUUUAACGAAAUUCCACUCAGAAUUGUUUUUCGUUUGCAAUGGUUUUUCGUUGCUUACAGUAGAUAUCUAAACUAAAUUAACCUAUGUUUCUUGCCUUCUCACUUAUUUACAACAGUGGCCUAACUUACUUACCCCAAAGUAGUAGCAACAAAGUUUUCUUUAAUUUUCAUUUAAGUAAAAACUAUGUACCUACUUAUACAUUUUAAUAUUAUUAUUAUUAAUAAAGCGUCUAGGUAUAAUCUUAUAUAUUAUAUUAUUAUAUAUUUCAAAAAACAUGUUAUGCUAUUCAAAUCACCAAUAUAGUAGUAUGAUGAUAAAUAUAUAAUAACCACGGUAUACAAUAACUCGGGCCUGAUAACAGUUAUAAUAACUAAUGAGUCAUUAGAUAUUAUAUUGAUUUAUUAGUCAUUAGCAAUGACUAAUAAUCUGUUACAACUCAAUAACACAACUGUGAAAUUGUAAAUAAAUACAAUUUUAACGUGAUACUGAUAUUAUGUGUGACACAAUAUUUAUGUUAUUGCAUGAUAUUUGUUUUUAAACCCUCUAAAUAUCGCAUUAUUUAAUUUCUCCGAAAUAUAAUACGAUAAUAUGUACAAUCAACCUAACACAAAAUAUUUUAGCCGCAUGUACUUGAAUAGAAAUACGAUUUUUUAGGAAAAUCAGAGGCACAAAAUAAUAUAAUAUGUUAAGCUUAUUUUCAAAAUGUUAACUCGUUGCAGUGCAAACAUGUAUUUACAAUAAAACUUCCAUAUUCGAAUAGUAUAUUUCUCUCAAGCAACUUUAAAUUUUACAAUUUAUUUCCAUCUUAAAAAUUAUCUGAGAUACAGCCGUUAAAAGUUAGAAAUUUAUGAUGUUUCCAAAAAUGUACAAAAUUAAAAUGCUGUUAGUUAUUAUGAUCUUUAUUUAUUACUAUAGUUCGGAUGUUUAUAAAAUUGCAUACUUUUUUCCGUUUAUCUAAUUCAAUGUUGAUCUAGAUACAAAUUUGAUUCAUAUUUUAUUAAAACAAAUAAUACUAUUUUAAUUUUGCAUAUUUUAUGAUAUUGUAUUUUAAAUGCAUAUUAUAGGAUUUUAAGAAAAUAAAUGCAUAUUUUAGUAAAUUUUUGAACUUUUUAAAAAUAAUUUAAAUUAAUAACGAUAUAUAAAGCAAAAAUCCAUAGAAUUUGAACAAAUUAAAAAAAACCAUUGUAUCAUACUAAAACGUUUUUAUUGUAAAUAAAUAUAUGUAAUGUUAAAAAAUACAUAAAAAAAAAAUACUUAAGGUAAAUUAAAAUUGUUUUCUUUGUUUUUUUAAACUAAAAAUGCAUAUUUUAUGAUUUUUAGUGCAAAUUUGGUUGUUUUUUUAUGCAUAAAUGCAUAUAUAUUACAGUUAUUUUAAGCGCAUAAACAUCCGAAUACUAGUCAUAAAUAGUAAUAUAUUCUAAUCCUUAUUAAGAUACGUUUUACGUUCGAAUUAAAAAUUGAAAAAAAAGUUUAAUUCACCUAUAGAAAAAAAUGUUUCAGUAAUCAUCUUAUCUUAUCCUGUUCAUUAUUUAUACAAUAAAAGACAUUUCUUUGUAGUUUGUAAGUUAGAAAAACUAUUGAGGACAAGGUACUUAUCCAAUGUUGAUAAAAUUAUUUCGUUAUAUUUCAUACUAUUUCGGGAAUGUUAUAAUAGAAUACAUUUUUAGAUUCGGAGCUUAGUGAGAGAUUUAUUGGUUUUAAUAAGAUGUGUAUUUUUUUUUUUCUAGAUGUGAUCAACUUUUCUACCAGAAAACUUGCUCCGAAAUAUACACACUUUUUCUGAAAGGUAAUUUUCUGUCGAAGACGCAUUGUGGGGGGUGAUUUAGAUUUUCUAAGGGGUUUUUGAAAUAAUUGGGAAAAACCUAAAUGAAAACUAUAGAUAAAAGGGCAAAUAUUUACGACCCGCCACGGCGUUAACGUUAUUAUAAUUAUUAUUAUGUUUGCACGAUGUUUUCUACCAGAAAUAUUGCUCCAAUUCAAUAAUGACAAUCGAUUUAUUUUGUUCCUUUUAAUAUUUUACCACUGCUGGAAUAAGUCGUUUUUCAAUAUCUAAAAUUGUCUUCUCAUAAAUAAUUGGAAAAAAUCAAAUAAAUUUAAUUUAAAAUUGAUUACUAUUUACGGUAACCUAGCGUCCCGAAUUUAUUGUUUUACAUUUUUACGACAUAAGUUUUCUACGAAAAAUAUUGCUCCGAUAGAAAAUCGACAGGAGAUAUUUUUUGUUGAAUUUUUAAUCUAGUUGCUAACCAAGAAAGUCGGUUUAGGAUUUUUUUGUUUUUUGUGGUUUUUUAAUAAUUGAGUACAGUCGAAAAAUACGUAGAGAAGGAGGAGAAAUUUACGAAAAUAAUGCUUUUAUUAUUUACAAUUAUGAUUUUAUAUUGUUAUUCAGUAAAAUAUAUUUAUAAAGAUUCAAAAUUUUCAUACGAGUUAUAUAAAUGCAUUAUCUAGAGGUGGGAAAGUUUUCAAAACUUUUGAGCUAUUUAUAGACAUUUUAAUUUUGCAAAUUUUUUAUGUGAUUUUAGUAACUACUCUGUUGAUGAAAUUGUGAGACUAAACUUAAAUGCUUGAAAAUUCAAAUAUAAUUCGUACCAAUUUAAUUGUCAAAAAAAAAGUAAUGUGGUAUUUUUUUUUUUUUUCAUUAGUUUUAAAAUCGAAUUUCGACUAAAUUAGACUAAUUUAGACCUUCUCAACUACCUACCUACAACAGUUGCCACACCCGUCCCUAGUAUAAGCUCUCUUUUUAUGAAUAGGUAUUAAUUAAGUUGUUCUAUAGAUAUUUUCUAAUAAAAUAAUAAUAUAUUAAUUUAAAGUAUGUAAGAACUUUGAAAUUAAUAUUAGGUACGCUUUAGACGAGUAUUUAAUAAGUUGCACAGUUUUCUAAAACAAAUUAUUUUAUGCAUAAUUAUCAUUAAAUAUAUCAUUAAUAUUUAUGUGUGCAUUUUUAAAACUAUUAUGUAUAAAGUUAUAUACAAAAUUAUCAACAAUAUCUAAAAAUUGUAUAGAUAAUUUUUUUUCAGUCGUACGAGCCACCGGGUUGAAUAUUUUACUGACUAACUAAAAAUACAUUCAAGUUAUGAAAUUUAUUGGAGUACUCCGGUAGAUCUUUUUCUUGCAUCAUAUUUCGAGAAAAUUUUAAAUGACUAAAGUCAAACUUCAACAGUAUACAUACCAUCAAUUAUUAACUAUGUAAGUAGAAAUACGUUGUAGAUUAUUUUUACAUUUUUAAAACUAUUGUAUAAUAUUACAAUGCUAUCAUAGAUAAAAACUCGUUUCAUCUAUAUAUGCUUUAUAUAUUUAGAAUAAAUAAAUAAGAAUAUACAUAUAUAUAUUUUUAGGUUAAUAACCGCUUAACUCUAUCACACACAACAAUUAAUACCUAAAAUGGAAAGAUCACAACAAAAGUCUAUUUCUUCGUGGGCCUCGACUCCCAAAAAUUUUAAGACGAUCUCGAUUAAUAUCGAGGGACUAACUGAGAGUAAAGAACGAUUGUUGUCGGAACUCUGUUCGACCACAGCAUGUGAUAUAUUAUGCGUCCAGGAAACGCACCGGGAUGCUGGUAAAAGGAAACCAACGAUUUCGGGUAUGCGCAUGGUAAUCGAAAGACCACACAAGAAAUACGGCAGUGCCAUUUUCGUUAGACCUGAACUAGAAAUUGUAUCUGUCGGACUGACAGAAGAAUCAGACUUUGAGAUUUUGACCGUCGAAACCAAGUAUUUUACAGUAACCUCGAUUUAUAAACCACCAAAAAAGCCGUUCGUUUUCCACAAACCAGAGAAUUUUAACAAUAGACGUACUAAAAUUGUAAUUGGUGAUUUUAAUAGUCGCAGUCCAGCGUGGGGUUACAAAAAUUUAUCCAAAAAUGGAAAACUUAUCAAUAAGUGGGCGGAAGAUGAGGGACUGGUUGGAAUUCAUGAUCCCAAAGUACCAUGUACUUUUUUCAGCCUUCGCUGGAAGAAAGAAUAUAAUCCAGAUUUGAUUUUUGUAAGCAAACCUUUACAACAACAGACUAUCAAACGAGUACACAAUCCCAUUGCAUUAUCACAACAUAAACCAGUUGGUUGUGAAAUCACCAACAAAUUUAAAUUCAAUGAUAAAAACCUGUUUAUCAAGGCGUUUAACUACCUUCUUACAUUUAUAUGUUAUUUGUGUAGAAUAUUGUUACAAUUCUUUAAUAGCUGUUUCAGCAAAGAAAUCCAAGAAUGCAAUCAAUCUGAAAUAAACGUAUUACAAAUACCUACAUUGAAUAAUAUUAAAAAAAAUGAAAACAAAAUAAAAGAAGAAAGAACAUUGAUAAGAAAUGAAAAAAAAAUACAUGAAGAAACAAAUGAAAAUGGAUCCGUUGUAUUUGAGCUAAAAAAUAUAAAUAAUGAGUUCAAUCAGUAUUUUGAAGAGCCGUUAAAUAUAGGGCAAUUAAAUGACAACUAUGAACAAGAAAACAUUAUGUAUAAUACAGUACAUUAUGAAGGAGUUCCUAGUCUUGAAGAAGUGCAAGCAGCAAUAAAUAGUAUGAAAAAAAACAAAGUCCUAGGUGAAGACGAAAUAAGUUCUGAACUGUGGAAGAACAAAGAACAAGAAGUAAGUAAACUUCAUUCGUUAAUUCAUGAAAUAUGGGAAGAAGAAAAAUUUCCAGACAAUUGGAAUGAAACUAUAAUCAGUCCGUUAUCUCACGAUAGAAAAAAAGUAUUGUCAUUUAUUGUGUUAAAAAGACUUGAAAAAUAUGCUGAAGAAAUCAUUGGAGAGUACCAAAGUGGUUUUAGGAAAGGUAAGUCAACUAUAGAUCAUAUAUUUGUAAUCAGACAAUUGAUGGAAAAAUAUUACGAGUAUGCAAAGGAUUUACACAUGGUAUUUGUAAAGUAUAAGCAGGCCUAUAGCAGCGUAAAUAUAACAAGAUUGUGGGAGUCACUAAAAUCAUUUAGUAUUCCCAUAAAGAUAAUUAGUAUUGUACAAUUAUGCAGCCGAGAAAAAUUGGUGAAUGAGGUGUGUAUGGUAUUAGAGAACAAAAGUGGAUUGCGACAAGGAGAUGCGAUGUCGCCUGUAUUAUUUAACUUGGCGUUAGAAUCCAUCAUACGGAAAAUACCAAGUUACCAAAUAAAAUCAUUAAAUGGACGAUUAUUAUUUGCAUUCGCUGACGAUAUCGUGAUCACUGGAAAAACCAGGAAAGAUGUGCAAGAGUACUUGGAAGAAUUAAUAACAGCAGGAAAAAAUAUGGGGCUAGAAGUUGAUGAAGAGAAAACCAAAUAUCUCUUAUUAACAAAAGGCCAGGAAGAUAACUCUAAUCUAAGAGUAGGAAUCUAUGAAUUUAAACAAGUGAGUGACAUCAAGCACUUGGGGGUGGAUUUUAAUAACAAAAAUGAUAUGCAUGAGGAAAUAUAUUUUAGGAUAAAGGAGGCUGAACAAUGCUACAGCGAACGGUUGAAUAUUCUUAAAUCUAAAACAGUACCAACACAAAAAAAAGAAGAACUUUAUAUAAGUGACAUUAGACCAGUCCUAACAUAUGCAUGCGCCACAUGGGUCCUUACAAAAGUUGAUGAAAAUAAAUUGCAAGAAUUCGAAAAAAAAAUUCUUACAAAAAUAUACGGACCGGAAAAAAGAACAUAUGACCAAUUGUUGAAAGAGUUUUUUAAAAAAGAAGGCGUGAUACAGUUUAUCAAAGGAAUAAGAGUGCAAUGGAAAGAUCGUAUAUGGAGAGCAGACGGAAGUUUAAUUAAAACAAUAAUAACUGAUCCUAUAGAUGGAAAGAGACCAAGGGGAAGUCCGCGAAAAAGAUGGGUAGACAGUGUCGUGAAAUAGCUGUGAUAAAAAAUAACCCAAAAAGAUGAAACAGGUCGAAAUAUGACAUACUUUAGGUAGUGAUAGACGUGAAGAAUCGUUCUGGCGGAAUGGCGGCAAUGAACCUAAAAAAGUC